AACAGAAUAUCAGUUUUCUCUGAAAGCUUUCCCUAUCUUGCCCCCUCACCCGCCUCCUUAUCGCCCUCGCCGUCCAUCCCAUCCAUGGUCGGCCGGGGCAGCACGCGCUGGGCGGAAGGGCCACAACAGGCCACUCACACACACAGACCACUCGACAGCAGGUCACUCACACACCUAAAGUGUAACGUAUGGGGCAACCCAGUCAUGCAGGUUGCCUGCACAGUUGAGUGUCUACAUAUAUAAGGUUGCCCCUGCCAAGAUUGCAUGACAACACACCAAGCAGGCAGGCAGGCGUACCAGGCUAACGUUGCCUGAUCAGCAGCUACACAUAUAGUCAGUCGAGUCGAGUCGAAACGAGGCAGUAUAGUUUAGCUGGAGUUUGAGAGGGUCAGAUCAUGGAGCUCGUCGGGAGUUGGAGGAAGGUGAUGCCUUACAUGGCCAUGGUCUUCCUCCAGUUCGGCUACGCCGGGCUCUUCCUCCUCUCCGUCGCGUCGCUGCGCCAGGGCAUGAGCCACUACGUCCUCGUCGUCUACCGGAACGCCAUCGCCGCUGCUGCCAUGGCUCCGUUCGCGCUAUGGUUUGAGAGGAAAACAAGCCGCAAAAUGACUCUCUCCCUGUUCUACAAGAUCGUCGCUCUGGCACUACUCGAGCCAGUCCUUGACCAGAACUUCUUCUACAUAGGAGCCCGUAACACGUCGGCGAGCUUCUCUUCGGCGCUCACGAACGUAUUGCCUGCCGUAACAUUUGUGAAUGCCAUCCUGAUCAGGAUGGAGAGAAUAAACAUCAAGGAGCGGCGGAGCCAGGCGAAGAUCGCCGGCACGGUGAUCACAGUCGGCGGAGCGCUGCUCAUGGUACUCUUCCGCGGCCCUGUCCUCAACUUCCCAUGGACCAAGCAUGCCGGAAGCCACGUCGUCGCCGACACGGCCAACCACAGUAGCGGUUGCUGGCUCUUGGGCAUCGUCAUGAUCCUGUUGAGCAGCUUCUGCUGGUCAGCCUUCUUCAUACUCCAGUCACACACGUUGAGGAGUUACCCGUCCGAGCUCUCCCUGACCACGAUGAUAUGCGCCAUGGGCGUCCUGCAGAGUGGCGUGGUUGCGCUGGUGAUGGAGCGUGACACCAAGGCUUGGGCAAUAGGAUUCGACAUGAGGCUCUUGACGGCCGCCUACUCUGGCGUAAUGUGUUCUGGGGUUGCUUAUUAUUUGCAAGGGAUAGUUAUCCAAGAACGGGGGCCAGUGUUUGUCACUGCCUUUUGCCCUCUCUGCAUGAUCAUAGUGACUGUGCUAGGCUCCUUCAUUCUUUCCGAGGUGAUUACAUUGGGAAGGAUCACUGGCGCGAUGAUUAUUGUUGUUGGUCUCUAUGCUCUCAUCUGGGGCAAGAGCAAUGACCAUGUGAAUCAAGUUGAACGCGAUGACAAUUUUGAGAAAAACAACUCUUUUGAGCUACCGUUUACUACUACCACCAUUACCAAAGCAAGCAACCUUGAUCACAUUUGACAAUCACCGUGCCUGCAUGCAGCAAGGAAAGCUUGAUGCAAAAUCAACUUGCAAAGUGAUGACUUGAGCUCAUCGCUCUUCCGAUGUUUCCUUGGACUAGUAAAUGCGUACGUGCAUUGCACGUUGUUAUUAUGUAGUAUAUUAAUCACACGCUGAUAUUAGGUAGGAUAUUAUUUACGUGUUAAUUAUGUGAUUAGCAUGGCAUUGAUAUUUGGUAUGAUAUCAACUGCAUGCUAAAUGUGUUGAGCGCUCACCAUUGGAGCAGUCUGAGUUGUUGGAUUGACCUAGUUUGAUAGCCGGGAUUUGUUGGAUCCGCCCUUUUAGGUCUUUUUAUAUUUGUAUAGAUAUAGAUAUAUCUUGUGUCAUUAUUGUACCAAGAUGUAACUCUAGGUUGAGCCUCAUUCUCAUAUCCACGGAACUUUCAAAUAAAAAGUAUGUUUUGUUGAGUGCAUCAUUAUGAGGGUGUCGUCAAUGUUAGAGCAUCUCCAGUGGUUGUCCUAAAAUAGGGCAUUGAGGUUUAAGACACCAAAAAGUGAGUUUUAGAGCAUCAGAUUUUAUCUCUCCAACAGUGACCUAAAAUAGGGCACUACAAUUGGAAUUUAACACAAAUAAUAAAAACAUGACAUCAAAUUCAUCAACCACAAGAUUCGCAAAAAAAAAUCAUCAACCACAACAUCAAAUUAUUACAUAUUCAUCAAUCCACAUCACACGUAAA